AACCUCGAGUGUCAUAGCAGCAUUUUAGUACUAAUUUAAAUAGUGAUGGUUAGUGUACUAAAUUAUCCCAUAAGUCAAUUGGUCAUUGGAGAGGAAUCGCUUGCGAAAAUUGUAAACUAUCUGGAAAAUAAAACUGUCAGCGGCAGUAUAAAAAAUGCAGACACAAUAUGCACUACAUUUUUGCAAGUAAAGUUGUUUAACACUGAUAUUUAUUAAAGAAACUUAAAAAUGUGAUUGACAUAUUUGAAGAAGUAGAAUCAGACUUGGUUCAUACAGAGAAUAAAAUAGAUGAAACUCGUGGAACCGUGUAUAGGCUUGGAAACCAGUUUGACAGAAUAGGUCGCUUCUGCAUGAACGAAAUUCCAUUUGUAGUACAGAAAGAACAUGACCAGGCUUCUAAUAAUCUAACUGCUUUAAAAUGGAAUAUCAAAAAAACUCAAGAGGAAUACAAUAAAGUAUUUAAUAGACUGAAAUCGCUAGCUGCAUCAAAAAAGUGUAUUGAAGGUGAGAUUUCACAACUGACUGGAUGCACAAAUCUGGUGAAUGAAAAAUCUUUAAUUACAGAGGGCGAACUUAAGGGAAUUAUCGAUCGAACAACUAAAGCAUUAGAAACACUUGCAAAAGCGAAUGCUAAGUUAAACGAAACACAAAUACAUUAUAAUGCUGUGAAACAAAAAUCUGAAGAGAUUCGACGGAAUUUAGCUAACGAUGUUCGCAAAGCUGAACAAAAUUUAACUGAUGCUCAAACUAAAUUAAAAGAAGCUAUAGAUAUUGAACCAAUACUUAUACAAGAAACAAUAAAUAUGAAAAAUAAAAUUGAAUCAUUAAAAUUACAAAUUCAAACAUUAACUGAAACAUUAAAACAACAUCAACAAAUUAUGAAUGAAUUAAAACAACAAUUAAUUGAAUUAGAUAAAAAUUCUAUAAAUAAACAAUAUAUAUUAGAUAAUUUAUUAUUAUGGAUUAAAAAUAAUGAAGAAAAUUUAAUUAGUCAAUUUAAUGUUGAUAAUGAUCAUUAUGAAAAACGUAUUAUAGAUUAUCAAAAUGAAAUAGGUAAAUUAAGAAAAUCUAUUGAAUUACUUGAAUCACGUUUACUUACUGCACAAGAUUUAUUACAAGUUUCAAAUACUGAUUAUAAUCGUAUACAAUUAAAACAUUCAUCAGUUAAAGAUGAUUUAGAAUUAACUAAAUCUCGAACAAGAACAGAACAAGAUGAGAAACAAAAUAUGUUAAAAUAUUUACAACAUAAAAUAAAAGAGGAAUGUGAAAUCAAAUCUAAACUGAUGAUAGAUUUAGAAAAUAAUCUUACAGAAUUCGAGAGAAUUAAACAAGAUGGUUAUCAAAAACGUUUAGAAUUAGAAGCAACAGCUAAGCAAUUAGAAAAUAACUAUGAAAAUGUUAAAUCAGAAUUAGAAGCUAUUCAAUUGAAUCAUAAUUAUUAUUCAGAACAAUUGAAUAUUAUACAAAACGAAUAUAAACAAUUUGAAAAUGAAUGGAAUCAAGAAUAUUCUACGAUGUGUAAUAAAGUUCAAACACUAGAUGAUUCUCUACUGAAAUCUAAAACACAAUUCAGUGAAUUAAAAACAAGAUUAGAAGGAAUGACAAAUGAGAAGAAUUUUCUACAGAAGAAACAAAAUAAACUUAGAUUAUCAUUAUUAGCAUUAAUGAAAGUGAAACUACGAGGAACUACAAAAUUAAGUCAGUUGAGAUGUACAAUUGCUGAUCUCACAAAAACAAACAAAACAUUGGUCUCAGAAAUAAACAUUUUGAAAAGGCAAACUGAAGAAAUGAAUCAACUUCAAACCAAACGUGAAUUACAACUGUCUAACUUAAUGAAAACUCGUGAUUCAGUAUUGAAAAAACUAAAGGAGGAUUUAAGUGAGAAACUCUCUCUUAAUUUAAAAUUAUCUGAUCAAUAUAUUAAAAUGCAAGAAGAACAAAGCAAAUUGUUAUCAUUAUUUUACUUAGCUGUAACAAAUUCCGUAUUAGAUCAAAAUCAAUUAUUCAAUGCAGAACAACUUUUAGCAUUGUGGGCAAGAAUUUUACGUCAACGUAAUUAUUGGGAAUUGAAACAGCAAGCAAAACAAGAAAUAGAAGUGAAUGAAUUAUUAAAUCAAAAUGAUCAAAUUAAUCAACAAAUUAAUAAAAUUAAUGAAAUCAAUAUGAAUAUGAAACCAAUACUUUCUAUAGAGUAUAAAACAUGA